CUUAGGUUGACUGCGAGCAAACAGUAAAAACAACGAACGCGGACGACAACAUGUCAUCGCCAACACCAACGCCAAUGCCCAUGUUUAAGGCAAACUACGACACCACAAGUGCUGCAAAGCCGUCGGGGCCAUUUGCCGACGCCCUAGUCGGGAUCCCAGAUCAUCACUAUCAGCAGUAUCAAACGCAGCAGUCGCAGUCCCAGCUGCAGCAGCAACAACAACAGCAGCAGCAGCAGAAACAACAACAGCAACAGCAAUUUUCAGUCUCCUCGGGUUCUCCAAAAUUUUCUGGGGUCGGUAGUAGCGCAACAAAUGCCGUUGAUCCACCCUACAGUGCAGCUGCCAGCGCUUUGCAAAGUCAGUUUAAAAUAAAGCAGCAACUCAAGCAGCAGCAGCAACAACAGCAGCAGCAACAACAUCAGCAGCAGCACCAGCAACAGCAGCACCAGCAACAGCAACAGAAACCGCAACAACGUCAGCACUCGUAUAUGCAUCAUCUCAUCUCUAAUCAGCAACAGCAGCCGGCACAGCAUAAAUCUCAACUCAGUUUAGUCAGCAGCAGCGACAUAUUGUCCGGGUCCCAGGGCCAGCAGCUUAAUGGUAGCAACAUGAACAUGAACAUGAAUGGCAGCAUGGUGUCGAUUCGAAGUGAACAGCAGUUGUGCCAAAUGUAUAAUUCACAACAGCAUUCCGAUUAUAUUAUAUCAGAUUAUAUGGACAAGAUAGCCACGCGUAUAAGUCUGUUGGAGACAGAGCUGAAGUUUGCCUGGCGAGCACUCGACCUGCUGUCCGGUGAGUAUGGCAAGAUUUGGACACGAUUGGAGAAGCUCGAGAAUAUAUCUGUGGAGCAGCAGUCGGUGGUAAGCAAUCUGAUGGGUCUGAUAGCUGCUGCCAAGCAGCAGCAGGAGGAAGUGGAACAGUCCCCAUUCGGCACAUUUCUAGAAGAUGAGCAGCUGCUACUCUCGGACAUUGAUAUUGAAGGUGCUGCCUUGGAACAACAGCAUGCGGCAGCUGUGGAUGCAGGGGCAGUGGGUAAGGCUGAAUUUCGUAGCAUGCUCAAUGAGCUUAAGUGUGGUAAGGACACUGAAAAGCACCUCAGCGAGCUAGAUGCCCUACAGGCCAUGUCAGAGCAGGGUUUUGUUGGAGAUGAGUCGGAUUUGUUCAUGAAUGCCUACGUGCUUGGUAACGAGAGCGAUGAGCUGUUCCUGCACUACGACAAUGGAGCGGAUAAUGAGGCGGCAGCAGAGCAAGUCACCGAGCAUGCCUGGCCGCCAGAAAGUGGCAGCCAGCGUGGCGCUCUGCAGGCUGCACUACGCCUUAAAUAUGGCAAAGAUGCAGCGCGUCAGAAGCUCUAUUCGGACUCGGAUUUGAUAUUAUAUGAGCAGCAGCAAAUACUCGCGAACAAUGCCAGGGCCGAAUUGUUACAGGAGUUUCUGAAUGGACGCAGAGUCUUGGAGGAAGUGGCGUCCGGAAGUUUGCGCAAUUUGCCACAGCUCAUGAUGCAGGAGGCUGGACGAGGUCGAGUGCGUUCACACAGCCAACUGCAUGAGGAUAGUACAGGCGAAGGAAAUGCCUUGAAUAUACCUAGCGAACUUGAUGAGCUUAUCGAGGAGGUUAAGUUUUUUCGGCUAGCCGCCUCUAAAACGGGCGAAGGGGGGAAUCAAGUGGUUCCCAUCGAAGAUACAGGCGGAACGAUUUUGAGAGCUGAAACGCUUCCAGAUAGUGAAAUGAACGAGAACUUCUAUAAGAACCUAAACGAAGCAUAUCGAGAGAAUAAUCUGACAUCUGAAAUAUCAAACAUGGAGCGUUUACUUCAGCAAUCUGAAGCAACACAUGAACAUAUCAUACCACUAGGUGGUCGUUCAGCCUCCUCUCUAAUGAUGAUACACGAGGGCAAUGAGGAGGAGGCCGAACACGUGCCUGACGCGUCCAAAACGCUAUUACCUACCACAGUAGUCGCUACAUCGACAACAAUCCUGACAACGACAAGCUCUGCUGGUGAUGUUCCAGUCGUAGAUAGUCAAUCGAAGACAAAGGAAUCGAGAAAACAUCGGAAGAAGAAGCAUCAUAAAAAUGAGAUGGACAUGAUUAACAAUCUCAAGAGUAUUUUAUCACAAGCUGCCACAUCGGCCAACACAAGUGGAGCGAGUGGGGGCAUACCAUCAACCCAGGAUACUGGGGAGGGCGUUGGAGCCACCGUUACUGUUCGUACUGGCUUGCACAGCGACCGGGAUAACAGACGUUCUACGGCGUCCUCUUCGUCCGAUGACAGUGGUAGUCUUUAUGACGAAAGUAACGCAAUUCUGGAUAGCAUGACGAAUGUCAUGUUGAGAGAAAUCAACAAAAUAAGCGAUCUACAAUCAUUGACGGCCCCCCAAAUUCUCAAAUUGCGCCAAACUAUUCGGGCAGAGCAGAAUUUUUUUGAAAAACUAAACCAGGUUGAUAAAAAUCUGACACUUUUGCUCCUCAAUCCGGUUACCAUGGCCGAGGAACUGCGGCGACUGAGAGUCAUGGAGAUCGAUGAGAAAUUUGACCUGGUUAUGAAAAAGUUCGACAAAAAUAUUGACACGCUGAAAAAGUUGGUUGGAAACUCAUUCGAUGAGUAUAAGAAAACGAAACCCUACACACACAGCAGUUUGGACUUGACUGCCUCUAGCACAGAUCACAUGGCUGACAGGGCAGCACAAAUCGGUGGUUCUUUGAGCCUCGACUCCAGUGUCAGCCGCAAAGGAGCCCUGUCAAGUACCUCCACCAAGAAAUUUACGCCCACUAGCAACGAUUAUAGCGCACAUUUGUUGCGCAACAACUCCGACCUGGAUGAACAAUUAAAAUUGCUCGAAACGCAGGAAAUUGAAAUGAAUCGAAAGAAAAAGAUCGAACAGAUCACCAGCAAUCAGGGUCAGGGUGUAGAUAGUUUUUUAGAUAUAGAUUCGGAAUAUAACCGUGUUUUGGGCAACAGCCAAAGCUCCAUUAACAAGAUGCACAACAAUUUGGAUGCAGUUUCACGCUCUACAACAAAUAUUUACAAUCAAGACGAGUACAUAAGGUCCUUAAAGAAAAGCUUAGAGCGUCACAACAGCAUGUUGUUUUUGUUGCACCUGCAAAAUCCAGAAAAGCACAAAGUGGCUGCAGAUCUCGAUGAUAUAUUGUUGGGGCCCGGUGGCUCUAGUCCGCCACCACCCGCGCCCAAUGAUGAUGUAUUUGAGGAUCUCAUGGAGGUCGGGGUUGCUGGAUUGGGAGGAGGACUCUCGGUGAAUCCCUUCAGUGGCGAAAUGCAACUGCAGGCGCCACAACAGCAGCCACAUGCCUCGCCCCGGCAGGCAAAGUCCGACUCUGGUCUGUCAUCCAUGAGUGGUUGGUCGCCUAACUCUCCGGUACAAACGCACAAUGGCAAUCCCUUCUUUAGCAAAUACAAGGACAUUAAUAUGGAAAUGUUGCAGCUCAUGGCAGGGCUGCCACCUUGUACAGAAGCCGGCUCAACGCACAAGCUCCUGCCCGAGGAACUAAUGGGCAGUAAUGUGCUACCUAGCAAUGCUGUAGCUCCAACAGAGCCGCUUUCCAAUGGACUGCAUCAGCAGCAACAGCAGCCAAGCGGCAGUUAUAUAUUCUCCGAGGAGAACCUCAACUACAUACAUGAACUAUCCAAAAACAUGCCAAUUUGUUCGGCCUAUGAGAACAAGUCCAUAUUUAAAGUGCUCACCAGCGAUGUCGCAAAUGCUAAUGAAGGCGAGCAGCAAAUUUGUACUGUAGACGAUAUGUUGAAAUGGGACCAACAAAACCUGCAACAGGAGCAAGCACAAACGCAUGCGCAGCGCCUGCAAAAGCUGCAACAGCAAUAUCAGAAACAUGCCGACACUAUCGCCAAAGAAAGCUCAGUCAGUCGGAUGCCGGAUCUGUUAAAAAAUCAAUCGGAGAGCUCGUCCACAGCAUCAAACGUGUCCAGUAAGGUGGAAAAGUUGGGCUAUCAAAAGGCGCUGGCAGCUGCUGCCAGCUUGCCUGCUGAUAGACGGGCCGGCAGUUCGCGAUCCGCAUACGAAGAGACGGACAUUGAUCGCGUAGAAAUGCAGGACAAGACUCGCAAGCCAUACUUGACAGACCGAUUGGUCUACUACCCCUCAUCGAAUGGCAUUGCCGACUACAACAGCAGCAACAAUUUGGACUAUCUCGGCUUUGAGGAAUACGACCAGAAUGUACGACAACAGAAGCAUCUGCAAUACCGAAUGCCCAGUGCUCACCAUCAGCCACAAAUGUAUCAUGCAGAGGCUCAACGAAUGCCCAUGAGUCAAGCGCAGAUGGCCGAAGCCAGUCAGUCGCAUACGCAAAUGCAGCAGCAAUUGCAGAUGCAGCAACAACACUUGCAACUACAGCAGCAACAACUGCAACAGCAGCAAACUCACUUUGGCGCCAGCGGCAGAUCGGGCAAGUCUUCGAAAGGUUUCGAGCACCAUCAACUGGCCACCAAGCCACCAAAGGUAUGGAACAAGCUGAGCAACUUGCUGCCGGAUAACUUUAAGCUAAAGCGAUCCACGCGGUAUAGUCGCUCACAAUCUCUACCUGCCGGUGACGGGCAAGGUCAGGGCUCCCAGAUGCAAGUGCGUGGCCAGGCAGGCUCGUAUCCGUUAGUAACAACGUCCAGGCGUCCGCAUGCCGGUAGCUUGAGUCAUUUCGAUUUGUCGAAGCGUUUUCAAAAACUGCCCAUGCGCAUCAUGCAACGAGCCACACAUUCGGGACGCAGUGCGUCCGAUCCAUCACGCCCGCACAAGAAACGCUCUUUUUCGGCCAAAAUGAACAAUUUAAUGCAAAAGGCAAAGACGUAUAAACGGCACAGCUUUGGCCUGCGCCCGGGCUCCAGCAUCUCAGAUCCCGAAGGAGACUUGCCAAGUUUUACAUCAUCGGAUAAUGACGAUUCGGCCGCUAGUGAAUUCGAAGUAUGCCGCCAGCAACGGCUUCAAGAGCGCCACAUGCGUCACUCAGCCUAUGAUGAGGACGAAGGCGACGACAUGGGUACAGAAGAUGCUGAACCCGAUGCUGAUGCUGACGCUGACGCCGAUGCCAUGGCCGAUGGCUAUGGCGAGGGUGAGUUUGCAACGGAUGAAUGCGAUGGCGAUGAUUAUGAGCGGGAUAGUCCGCUGGAUAUGGGAAUGAUGCAGGAAAAUGGUGAGGCAGCCGGUGGCAACCUAUUUGCUGUUGUUGGCGACUUAAAAAAAUCCCAGCAGCAAGCUGCCCCAGCAACAGCACCAGCACCAGCCCCAGCCCCAGCUCCAACAGACGCCCCGCAGGCAAUCGGAUUAGAUCAACUUGAAUCGCAAAGGCAAAAGAACUUCAAGAAUGCCGAAAUUGUGCCUGAAAUAUUAGUUGAAGAGAACGACCCGCAAAUCACAACAACAGCAGCAAUGCUGGCAACAACCACUGGAGCAACAAGCAAAUCAACAAUGGGGCCACCACACACAUAUCCAAGCAGUUCCUAUUGCCUGAAAAAAACCAACUCUGUCUAUGUGGACGAUGAGGACUAUGGCGACCCUCAGCAUGCUGACAUCACCGACCAGCUUGUUGGCGAAUCUGAAUUGUGCAUGCCAUCGUCAUCCCCACAAGUGGUGAUUACAACGCUGAAUGGAAUGUCAAUUGUCACUAACACAGUGAUAGGAGACGUUGCCACACAACUCUCAGAUGGUCAACAGCAGCAGCAGCAGCACCAACAGCAACAGCAACAACAACAGCAACAUCGUCUCUGGUCUACACAACAGUCGCUCGACAUUCCAACCGCCAUGGGUUGGGGCUCGCGCGAGGACGACGACAAUCGCAGCCAACAUUCGGGUCGCACCCUCUCGUCAUCCCGACGUCAGAGCACGGAGGACAGCAUUGAUACUGAUGAUGAAUACUUUUGCUACGAGUUGCGCCAGCUCGAAGAAUUGGAACAGCAGCGCAGUGCACAAACAGACGCCUCAGUUGGCGCCCACAGUGCCGACAACGAAGUCCUCUUCUCUCAGAUCGGCCAGUUGGCAUUGGGCGAUGCGGACGGGUAUGCCUAUUCACAUUAUCCGGAUGUCAAUGCCGAACUGGAGUUGGUACCGGACGAAAGCGUAAAAGAGAUGAUGUCCGAGGUGCUCAAGGAACUCAAGGAGGUGGUUCGCCUCGAACCCGACAUCACUGUGGGCUCCAGCGAGUCGGUGAAAAUUCAGAAACAGAUGCGAGCUGCUCAAGGCGGGCAAAGGGCCAGCGUGAGUGAGCGAUUCGCGCGCGUCACUGACAUGCAUAGUGCUUGGCAAGAUGUGAAUGGGGAGUAUCAAAUGCAAAGUCCUGAUAUGGAGGCACACGAAGAUGCCGAGGCCAUAAGAGAAGAGCAACGCAUGCUCUACGAGCUGCAGAGUCUGGAGGCACAGGCGGCAGAGAAGCAGCCGAAACGCUUUAAGAAGAAGCGAGGCAAGCAUCGUCAGGCGGCCAAUGAUGUGAGUUCCGUUGACCAGCAAAUGGCUUCCAGUUCCUCGUACUCCUCCGAUGAGGAGAACAGGCAGAAGCGCAGAGCGAGUACCAAUAAGUUGCAGCUGCAGCAGCGCCAGGAGUCGCCGGAUUUGGAUGACAAUGUGUCCCACCGAGCCAACGAUCAUGGUUCAUCGUCGGGAGCCACUUCGGGACCCGAUACGCCCGCUGAAUUGAGCGACGAGUUCGAUGCGACCAGUGGCGUACCUAGGACGUUGCCCAACUACGAGGCGUUCAAGGACCAUCAGCAUGCACAGCAAUUUAAUAGCAAUCCGCCCACCUUAGAACAAGCCCCAGAGCCACUCAUUGAGUCUGAUAUGCACACCCAUUUGGAACAGUUAACAAGCGAGACUGGGCCCGAACCGAAUGCGACAAUCACUUCAACGACCACACCAAUAGUAGCAACAACGACUGAUGUGGAAGCAACAGCUGCAGCUGCAACUGCAUCUGCAACAACAACUACAACCACCUCAAGUGGUACACCACCGCGUCCAUUCAAACUGAUUAGUCACGACUCUAGUGUUGAGGGAUCCCAGGCUGGCCCCGGAAAUGGCGCUUCGUCGGCUCUAAGCAGCAGUAAGUGGAAGUUAUUGAAGACGCUCAAGGAGCGCAAAAUCGAAGAAAAGAACAACCAGGAUAAAAUAAAAGAGGAAGAGCUAGCCAAAGAUCGUGAAAAGAAUGGCAGCGGCACUGGUGAUGUUGGUAUUCGGGCCAAUGGCCAUCCUGGCGAUAAUCCUUUCUAUAGCAAUAUUGACAGCAUGCCGGACAUUCGGCCGCGCAGGAAGUCCAUACCCCUUGUAUCUGAACUGGUGCUCAAGACGAUGGCCGCCACCAAACGGAAUGCCGGCCUCACAUCGGCUGUGCCGCGGGCUACCCUCAACGAUGAGGAACUGAAAAUGCACGUGUAUAAGAAGGCGUUACAGGCCUUGAUAUAUCCCAUCUCAUCUACGACGCCGCACAACUUUGUGCUCUGGACAGCGACCUCGCCCACGUAUUGCUAUGAGUGCGAGGGUCUGCUUUGGGGCAUUGCCCGGCAGGGAGUCCGCUGCACCGAGUGUGGCGUCAAGUGUCACGAGAAGUGCAAGGAUCUCCUGAAUGCAGAUUGUUUGCAGCGUGCCGCCGAGAAAAGCUCAAAACAUGGGGCCGAGGACAAGGCCAAUUCAAUAAUCACGGCCAUGAAGGAUCGGAUGAAGCAGCGGGAACGCGAAAAACCGGAAAUAUUCGAGCUUAUCAGAGCCGUGUUCAGCAUCGAGGAAAAGAGCCACACCGGCCAUAUGAAGGCUGUGAAACAGAGCGUUCUGGAUGGGACCAGCAAGUGGUCGGCGAAAAUUGCAAUAACAGUGAUUUGUGCUCAAGGCCUGAUAGCGAAGGAUAAAAGCGGUACCAGUGAUCCAUAUGUGACGGUGCAGGUUAGCAAGGUGAAAAAACGAACGCGCACAAUGCCUCAGGAGCUAAACCCUGUGUGGAACGAGAAGUUUCACUUCGAGUGCCACAACUCAUCAGAUCGCAUUAAAGUUCGGGUAUGGGACGAAGACAACGACCUGAAGUCGAAGCUGCGACAGAAACUGACACGUGAAUCGGACGACUUCUUGGGACAGACCAUAAUCGAGGUCCGAACGCUGUCCGGUGAAAUGGACGUGUGGUAUAAUUUGGAGAAGCGCACGGAUAAAUCUGCAGUAUCGGGUGCCAUACGACUUCACAUUUCCGUCGAGAUCAAGGGCGAGGAAAAGGUGGCCCCUUACCACGUGCAGUACACCUGCCUUCAUGAGAAUCUCUUUCACUAUCUGUGCGAAGAAAAUAGCGGCAUGGUUAAGCUUCCAACGCAAAAGGGAGACGAUGCAUGGAAGCUUUAUUUCGACGAGAUUCCUGAGGAGAUUGUCGACGAGUUCUCAAUGCGUUACGGCAUCGAGAAUAUUUACCAAGCUAUGACGCAUUUCCAUUGCCUCUCGGCCAAGUACCUGUGUCCAGGAGUGCCUGCCGUGAUGAGUACCCUGCUAGCCAAUAUAAACGCCUAUUACGCUCAUACAACAGCCUCGUCGGCGGUAUCGGCUAGCGAUCGUUUUGCAGCGAGCAAUUUUGGUAAGGAGAAGUUCGUGAAGUUGUUGGACCAGCUGCAUAACUCCCUGAGAAUCGAUCUCUCGAUGUACAGGAACAACUUUCCAGCAUCGAGUCAAGAGAAAUUAAUGGAUCUCAAGUCAACGGUGGAUCUGUUGACCAGCAUAACAUUCUUUCGCAUGAAGGUGCAAGAGCUCUCCAGUCCACCGAGAGCAAGUACUGUCGUCAAAGAUUGCGUAAAAGCUUGUCUUAGAUCCACCUAUCAAUUCCUCUUUGAGAACUGCUACGAGCUUUACAACAGGGAAUUUCAGGUGGAUCCAAACGAGGCAAAGCGUGAUACUGACGACCAUGGACCAAAACUAGAUAGCGUGGAUUUCUGGCAUAAGCUAAUAGCGUUGAUUGUAUCAGUUAUCGACGAGGACAAAAACAGUUAUGGCACUGUUCUUAAUCAGUUCCCACAAGAGCUCAAUAUUGGCCAACUGUCGGCGGCUACAAUGUGGGGUCUUUUUGCCGUGGACAUGAAGUAUGCGCUCGAGGAACACGAACAGCACCGGCUGUGCAAAUCUUCGGCGUACAUGAACUUGCACUUUCGCGUAAAAUGGCUGUACAGCAACUAUGUUAAAGAGGUGCCGCCGUACAAGGGUGCUGUUCCAGAGUAUCCUGCAUGGUUUGAGCCGUUCGUAAUGCAAUGGCUGAACGAGAACGAUGACGUGUCCCUGGAGUAUCUCCAUGGCGCGUUCAAUCGUGACAAAAAAGACGGGUUCCAAAAGAGCAGCGAGCACGCUUUGUUCUCGAAUUCGGUAGUCGACGUUUUUACGCAAUUGACGCAAUGUUUCGAUGUUGUUAGCAAACUCGAGUGUCCAGAUCCAGAAAUUUGGAAACGUUACAUGAGACGUUUUGCUAAAACAAUCGUAAAAGUUCUAAUAGCUUAUGCCGAUAUUGUUAAAAUGGAGUUCCCGGAACACAUGAAGGACGAGCGAAUUGCAUGCAUUCUUAUGAAUAACAUACAGCAACUGAGGGUCCAAUUGGAGAAGAUGUUCGAGUCCAUGGGCGGCGACAAGUUGGAGGAAGAUGCCGCGAACAUUUUAAAGGAAUUGCAACAGAAUUUAAAUUCAGCACUCGACGACUUGGCCUCUCAGUUCGCUAUCAGUCUGGAGCCUCGCAUUACGCAGUCGGUGCGAGAACUGGGAGAUCUCUUGCUAUCCAUUAAGGGAGGCAGCGGCAACUUAACGCAGGGAAAUCAAGCUGCUCAGCGCAAUGCCGUAGCCGUCGAAGCGGAUGAGGUGCUGCGACCUCUGAUGGAUCUUCUUGACGGAUCACUAACCCUAUAUGCGCAGUCCUGCGAGAAAACGGUACUGAAGCGUCUGCUGAAAGAGCUGUGGAAGAUUGUGAUGCGCAUUCUAGAGAAAACAAUUGUGUUGCCACCAAUGACCGACAAGACUAUGAUGUUUAAACACCUAACUGAUAAUGCAAAGAACUUAGCCUCGAACGCUAAAAUAGAAGACAUGGGACGUUUGUUCAAGUCGCACAUGGCAGGCAAGCAGGAUGUCAAAAGUGCCCUUAGCGGUGUUAUGGACAUAUCGAAGGAGGUUGAAAAGAAUCUGUCCCCAAAACAAUGUGCCGUACUCGAUGUUGCCUUAGAUACAAUAAAACAAUACUUCCACGCUGGCGGUAAUGGACUGAAGAAGACAUUUCUGGAGAAAUCGUCGGAGCUACAGAGCUUGCGUUAUGCCUUAAGCUUGUACACCCAAAUGACGGACACACUAAUUAAAACAUUCAUCUCCAGUCAGGUUCACGAAGUUGAUCCUGAAAAUGCAGAGGAAAGUGUUGGUGAGAUAUCGGUUCAAAUUGAUUUAUUCUCCCAUCCGGGCACUGGCGAACACAAAGUGAAUGUGAAAGUUGUGGCUGCCAACGAUCUCAAAUGGCAGAUACCGUCGGGAAUGUUUCGACCGUUCGUUGAAAUCAAUCUGAUCGGCCCCCAUCUACAGGACAAAAAGAGAAAAUUCGCGACCAAAUCCAAGUCAAAUAACUGGUCACCAAAAUACAACGAGUCGUUCAGCUUUGCCAUCGGCAAUGAGGAGCAGCUGGACUUCUUUGAGCUGCACAUCUGUGUGAAAGACUACUGCUUCGCUCGCGACGAUCGUCUGGUGGGAGUGGCCGUAAUACCCCUGAAGGACAUCUCUGAGAAGGGAUCGGUUGCGUGCUGGCUGCCCUUGCAGCGAAGAAUCGAAAUGGACGAGACUGGAUGGACCAUUUUGAGGAUACUAUCGCAGCGCAAUAACGAUGAAGUUGCCAAGGAAUUUGUAAAGCUUAAAUCAGAAAUACGCCAGGAACCAACCAUGGGUACUUAGGCCGCAUAUACAUCCACAAACAUACAUACUGAAUGUCUCACACAAACACUCACCAUACACACACAUACACACACACCACACAAUACAAAACGUAUCUCUGAUGCAAGCAUCCAUCACAUCUAUGAAUGGGGCCCUAUCAUUACGCAUACUAAGUUAUAUACAGGACAACAUUAUACCUACUUAACAAAUACAUAUAUAACGAUACAUAUACAAACAAACAAAAUACAAAUAUUAAUAUUACUCUAUGAUAUUAUUUAUCGCCCGAUUAAAAAGGCGAACGUGAACGGUGUAAAAAUGAUUUAUCUUCUAGCUAGCGCAGACGGACUUACCCUAACCGUCAAAUUAGUAUGCACAUAUACACACACAAACAUGCACGCUUGUCAUAUAGACAUACAUACUACAUACUACAUGCUACAUACUGACGUUUCGAAUUAAUUCGAUGCGAUUUCGAUCGUUUCGGUUCUAUUCGAUUCGAUUUUCCAUAAACUAACUACAUAGUUUACUCAAAACUAAUGGACCCACAGAUACAUGCAUACAUACAUAUGUAAUCAUCUGUACAUUAUGACUACACUCAUUUACUCACUCAUACGCACAUUCCUAUUUAUGUAAAUAAGUACCUGUAUAAAUAUAAUUUGGUAUUUCCAAACAUUUGUUAAAGAUAAUUCCAUAUGCAUAUCCAUGUGAAUAUGUACUUAUUUUUUUCUAUUGUAAACAAAGUAUUUAAUAAUAAAAAUUGGCCUAUUAUUGAUCAA